AUGCCUCGUGAUCCGUUGAUAGGUAUAGUUGGGAAACCAUCGAGUGGUAAAUCGACGACAUUGAAUUCGUUGACAGAUGCUUCGGCACAAGUCGGGGCAUUCCCAUUUACGACGAUUGAGCCCAAUCGUGCGACAGGGUAUUUGCAGGUGAAUUGUGCUUGUAGCCGGUUUGGGCUGGAGAAGCUGUGUAAGCCGAACUAUGGGUGGUGUGAGAAUGGGAUGAGACACAUUCCGAUCAUGUUGUUGGACGUAGCUGGGCUAGUUCCUGGGGCACACAGCGGUCGAGGGUUGGGGAACAAGUUUCUUGACGACUUGAGACAUGCGGAUGCGUUGAUCCAUGUGGUGGACGUGAGUGGGACGACGGAUGCGGAGGGGAAGAACACGCGAGGGUACGAUCCGUUGCAGGACAUUGAGUGGUUGCAGGACGAGAUCCGGUUGUGGAUCGAGGGUAAUUUGCAGAAGAGAUGGGGGUCUAUUGUUCGGAAACACACUGCGACGAAAUCGAGUGCGGUGGACACGUUGCAGGCACAGUUUGGUGGGUACGGGUCGCAUGCGCCUAUGAUUCAAAGGGCGUUGGCGAGGAUACCUGGGCUUCCACCGUUGGAGCAAUGGACGAACGAAUGGAUCACGGAGGUUGUGAAGUCAUUCAUGCAGGAGAAGUUCCCUACGGUGCUUGCGUUGAACAAGAUUGACCAUCCGGACGCUGAUAAGAACGUGAGCAAGAUCAUGCUCAAGUAUCCUGAGACCAAGUGUGUGCUUACGAGUGCGAUCACGGAGGUGUUUUUGCGGAAACUCAAGAAGCAAGGGUUCAUCCACUACGAGGAAGGGACUGAGUUUGUGGAUACGUUUGAGGAUGACGAGACGUUGAAGCCGUUGGAUGAGAAGCUCAUGCAGAGGAUCGAGACGAUUCGUGAUCUUGUGUUGUACAGGUUUGGGUCUACCGGUGUGGUGCAGGUGCUCCAGGCGGCUGCCAGCACGUUGGACUUGGUUCCCGUGUACACAGUUCGUAACAUCCAGACGUUUACCGGUGGUAACGGUGAGAAUGUGUUCAGGGACUGUUUCCUAGUGAAGAAGGGCACUACGGUGGGCAAAGUGGCUACGUAUAUCAUGGGAGAUGUGACGAUAGCGUCGAUAGAGGGAGUGAAGGGACUCAGGGUGAGUGAGGACGACAAGGUUGACGAGGGCGUGAAUGACAUAUUGACGUUCAAGUUGGCACCAAGGGCGAAGUAA